CUAAGUUUGAAGUUUUGAUGUUACAUCAGAGCGGCAGUUGAAUGCGGUGUCACGUUAACACGUGUGGCACAUUUGAAACGUAACUCCUCAACUUUCCAGUUACGGGCACAAAAGUGCUCUAUUUCUUUGUUAAAGUUUGAGAAGGCAGAUGAAUAACUUUUCAAACUUUCAGUAUCCAUUUAUGCAAUUUUAAAAUCUCUACGUACAUCUCUGCGGUAUGGAGAAUAUAAUGGAGAAUGAACUAAAGAGACUUAGUCUGAAUGGAACUCAUAAACGAACAAAUUAUUUAUCUUGGGAUGAAUAUUUUAUGUCGAUAGCACUGCUAUCCGCAAUGCGCAGUAAGGAUCCUUCUACUCAAGUCGGGGCUUGUAUAGUUAAUAAAGAGAAUAAGAUUGUUGGCAUAGGUUAUAACGGGAUGCCAAAUGGUGUUUCAGACGAUGAGGUGCCCUGGGGAAAAGAAUCAAUGAAUGAACUUGAAAACAAAUACUUCUAUGUUUGUCAUGCAGAAUUGAAUGCUGUACUUAAUCGAAAUGAAGCGAAUUCUAGAGGUUGUACACUCUAUGCAACAAUGUUUCCAUGUAAUGAAUGCGCUAAAGUGAUUAUACAAGCGGGGAUUAAAGAAGUGGUAUAUUAUUCAGACAAGAAAAAUGGAACACAAGCAAAUCAAGCAGCAAAAUAUCUUUUCUUGAAGGCUGAUGUUAAAAUAAGACAAUUUUCACCAACCAACCGUGUUAUCAAUAUUAAUCUUAGUUAACCCUGGAUAUUAGUUCAAAAGUGAGCAGAUUUCUGUAAAACACCUUUGUAAUGGAUGAUGUGCACAUUUCUAUGCGCACAAAAUCGUUGUGAUUUUGCCAGUUUGUAAACUAAUUUUCAAUAAAUAGAGGUUAUCUGAAUAUUCUUCUAGACUCUUAAUUGGUAA